AUGGUUCGCUCGCCGUCGGUCAAGCAUGGCAAGCGCAAGGCCCGAGCCGUCUCACCAGAUGAAGACAACACUGAAGACCUCGUCGAAGAGCUCAUCGCGCGCGCGUCCAAGCCAGAGCACAAACGACUGAAGUCCUCGCUCAGUGCUGCGCGGCGCGAGACGAAUGCUGGGCUCAAGUCAAAGCAGAAGGGGAAGGGGAAGGGUGUCGCCCACAAAGUGACGAAGGCCGCGGUCCAGGCAGCAGGCCCCUCAGGCUCUGAGUCUCGCAAGGACAAUGGUGACAUCCAAACGUCGUCGGCAUACACAACGAGCCAACUGGAAAUGUAUAAGCGCUGUGGGCUCGCCGUCACGGAGACUCCAGGUGACGACAGGAUCCUCAUUUCACCUGACAUCACUCGGGAUGAUAUCAACGACCUCCUCAAGGCUUGCUUCCCAUUAUAUUUUGACUGGCUCGCUGCUCAAGGGGUAGACAUUGGAUCAUCCUACCAUUGGAGGAUUGUGGCGAGGGAUAGGCGGCGCGUGAUCAUCCCUUACUUCAACGACAACCGUCCUAUGGACUUCGUGGGGAUCUGCAGAGCAGUCCAUGUAUCGUCCAUAUCUAUCCCGAAAUCAGUGUGGCAAUCGUGGGGCACUACCCAAAGUGCGACGGAUGUUCCUCAACGCAGGGACUGGACCGACACUCAGCUCGCGAACUACGUUCCCAGCUCGGACAGCAACUCAGACGAGCAGGUCGGUUCAAAGCCAGAUGUUGGCUCUUCGUCAGAUGCAGAGGCCGAAUCGGGCGAUGAAACUGAUGUGUCGGAAUGGGCAGCACCAGCUCAUAAAUCGAAGACAAGUCGGAAGCUCGGGAAAGUGGUCGCAACUCUUGGAAGUAGUCUCGCGAGCAUCCAGCUCGGCACCCCAGAGCCUGAGCCUGGAACUGGUAAUUCAGUUGCAGGUAGCUCGUCUAAUGCAACUGGCUCAGCCAGCACGAGUGAGCUUGGCUCAGCAGCAAAUCCGAUCGUUUUCAGCUCCUCAGUGGAAGACCUUGGCGAAGUGUCCCUCGAAGCCAGCCCCGAACGACCUCCCUUCACUCAACCCUUCUCUUCGCAAGCAGGAUCCUCAAGGGAAACCCGUGCAUCUGCGUGGAUCCCACCCCCUGUGAUGAUGUCGAGGGGUGAAGUUGCCGACGACCCGUGGGCUUACUAG